CUCUUCUUGUCUCCCUCCCUCUGUAUAUAGUAACAAGUAGUCACAGGCCGUCUUGCUAAGUCGCUCUUGGUCUCCAGUCGAGCAUCUCAAACGGGUAUCUUGUAGCGUUGUCCUUCUCGUCCUCGUCCUGCUGUCCAACAUGUCUCUCCUGAGCGGCGACCCCAACUUCCAGCGGCUCGACCAGUGGUACCGAGCCAAUGGCGGAAGUCUGAAGAUGAGAGACAUGUUCGCCACCGAACCGGACCGCUUCCGUCACUUCAGUGUGAAGGUGGAGACGGACGAUGGCGACCUUCUGCUGGACUACUCCAAGAAUCUCAUCACCCAGGAAGUCAUGUCCAUGCUCAUCGCCAUGGCGGAGUCCAGAGGGGUGAAAGAAGCCCGGGAGAAGAUGUUCAAAGGGGAGAAGAUCAACUUCACGGAGGACCGCGCCGUGCUGCACGUGGCCCUGCGCAACCGCUCCAACGACCCCAUCUUGGUGGACGGCAAAGACGUCAUGCCGGAAGUCAACCGCGUGCUGGAAAAGAUGAAAGUCUUCACGCAGAAAAUCCGCAGCGGGCAGUGGAAAGGUUUCUCGGGAAAAAGCAUCAGCCACGUGGUCAACAUCGGCAUCGGAGGUUCCGACCUGGGUCCGCUGAUGGUGACGGAGGCGUUGAAGGCGUACAGCCAGGGCGGCCCCGACGUCUGCUUCGUUUCCAACAUCGACGGGACGCACCUGGCCAAAACGCUGGCGCAACUGGACCCGGAAACCACGCUCUUCGUCAUUGCCUCCAAGACGUUCACAACGCAGGAGACCAUCACCAACGCCGAGUCCGCCCGGGAUUGGUUCCUACGCGCCGCCAAGGACAAAAGCGCCGUCGCCAAACACUUCGUGGCGCUCUCCACCAACGCCGUCAAAGUCCAAGAAUUCGGAAUCGACACGGCCAACAUGUUCGAGUUCUGGGACUGGGUCGGAGGUCGUUACUCGCUGUGGUCCGCCAUCGGGCUUUCCAUCGCGCUGCACAUCGGCUUCGACAACUUCGAGCGACUUUUGAGCGGCGCCCACUUUAUGGAUAAACACUUUGAGAGCGCUCCUCUGGCCCAAAACCUUCCGGCGCUGCUGGCUCUGCUGGGCGUGUGGUACGGCAACUUCUUCCAGGCCGAGACGCACGCCAUGCUGCCCUACGACCAGUACAUGCAUCGCUUCGCCGCCUACUUCCAGCAGGGGGACAUGGAGUCCAACGGGAAGUACGUGACCAAGGACGGAAGUCGCGUGGACUACCACACGGGGCCCAUCGUGUGGGGAGAGCCCGGAACCAACGGACAGCACGCCUUCUACCAGCUCAUACAUCAAGGCACCCGCAUGAUUCCCGCGGACUUCCUCAUUCCGGCGCAGUCGCAAAAUCCCAUCAGGAACAACCUGCACCACAAGAUCCUAUGCGCCAACUUCCUGGCUCAGACCGAAGCUCUGAUGAAAGGCAAAACCUCAGCGGAGGCUCGCCAGGAGCUUCAGGGCGCCGGCUUGUCGGGAGAAGCCCUGGACAAACUUCUUCCUCACAAGGUCUUUGAGGGGAACAAGCCCAGCAACUCCAUCGUCUUCAAGAAGCUGACACCCUUCAUGCUGGGAGCGCUCAUAGCCAUGUACGAGCACAAGAUCUUCGUGCAGGGUGUCAUCUGGGGUGUCAACAGCUACGACCAAUGGGGCGUGGAGCUGGGCAAGCAGCUAGCCAAGAAGAUCGAGCCGGAGCUGCGUGACGAAGUCCCCGCCGAGGUUUCCUCACACGACUCGUCCACCAACGGGCUCAUCAAUUUCCUCAAGACAAAUUUUGCCUAAUAACGUCCGCGUCUUCCUGUCGUCCGCUUGUCAAAAUAAAAGCGCGCAAGGACGCUUUAAAGGUGCUAUGAAAUGCUACAACAAGCGACUUUAAAUUGAUACCAGAACAUAUUUUGGACAGAAAAGGCUUCCUAACGAAAGUAGAUCCUAAUUAGUCUUUGCUGCCGAGGCCCCGCCCACUAAAAAAUCUCCAUACAGAAGAUGAGUUGCUAGUAUGCCAUCCAUAGGUACGCGAUUCUCUUCUUGCUGUGUGACUGUUCUGUUAGCUAAUGCUAAAAAGCUAGACAUGAUUAUGCAAUUCUGGUUGUGAUGUCACAAAGUGGGCGUUCCCAGAUCCAUUAUUUUGAUGAGGAAAAACUAUUAAAUGCUUAAAAAAGGCUACAUUUUAGUGCCAAAUUAAUUUUUAAAAUAGACUGCAAUAAUGUCAUUUUUUGACACGCUGCCAUUUCAUUGCACCUUUAACUCGUCGGCCGCCAUCGACGGCGCUAGACGUCCGAUCCAUUUUGACCGGGUGAGCUGAAGCGAUCGCCGCCGACCCCUCUGGUCAAAUUACAUCGGACGUCUGGCGCUGUUAAUGGCUGUGAAACGUGAUUGCGCAAUGCUAGCUGUCCCAGUUCAAAUAAAUGUAUUUGAUGUCACUCAA